AUGGCAGAAAAUUCGUCUUUUGUUGCUAAGCCGGCGAGGGGCUGGCUUCAUCCAGACUCAAUUCUAGCCAGUGAUGGUAUAACUUACGCCGUAAGAUACAUAGGAUGUAUGGAAGUAUUAACUUCAAUGAAAAAGUUAGAUUUUGAUACUCGAUCUCAAGUUGCAAAAGAAUGUAUAGCACGAGUUUGUGCUGCAGCAGGUUUAAGAUCAGCUGAUAAAAAGCGACGUAUUAGCCAAGCGGCCGCUUGUGCACUCGCGGCCAAACCACGAAUGUCUCAUUCAGGCUCCAAUGUUGCACUAACAAUAUCCUCAAAAGCUAUAACCAUAGCCGCUCUAGAAGGCGGGGACACCAUCGCUCGUCAUGACAUGCCGCGAGUUUCAUUUGCAUCAGGCGGUGACUCAGAUUCUUUAGAUUUUGUUGCAUAUGUAGCAAAGGCGGCACCACCCACUGAAUGGCGUGCAUGUUAUGUACUGGAGUGCGGUGGAAUGUUAGCGCAAGAUGUGAUCGCAACCAUUGGACAAGCUUUCGAAUUACGAUUCAAAGAAUUUCUAACGAAACCGUCAUCAUUGAACCUUAAUGGAUCACGUCCGCUGUGUUCAGGCGAGGCACCGACAUCGACAUCGGCGAUGGACGAUCGUGAAUAUUACAAUGAUUUGCCCGACAAAAUCCCGCCAGAUCCCACACCGACGUAUCGUCACCCGCCGCCGCCACCAUUAGCCUCCCUAGCACCUAUAUCAUCAUGCGAAGAAAGUGUCCGACACUACGUGAAUCAAACGCCUCCGCCACGGACUCCUCCUACUGCUCUGUUACCCAACCAUCACACUGAUAUAUUUGAUAUGCAACCGUUCACGGCGGCGCCGAUGACGUCACCGUGCGCAUCGUCAUCCUCGGCCUCGUCGGGGGCGGGGGCGGGCGCGGGCGCGGGCGCGGGCGCGGCGGCGGGCGGCGACGAGCCGCUGUCCGCACAGGCGCAAGCCGCCCUGCUGGCCGUCGAACCCUGGUUCCACGGACCCAUUUCCAGGACCACCGCCGAAAAGCUGGUUCUUGAAGAUGGCGAGUUUUUAGUUCGAGAAUCAGCAGCGUGUCCAGGACAGUUUGUAUUGACUGGAGCGAGACGUGGUGUACACAAACACUUGCUCCUCGUGGAUCCUAAUGGUGUGGUGAGAACAAAGGACAGAGUAUUCGAGAGUGUCCCGCAUCUCAUCAAGUACCACUGCACCAAUGAGCUGCCUAUAGUGUCAGCCGACUCCGCACUGCUGCUUCGCAAACCCGUACUUAGAUCUGGCUCUUGA